ACAGUAAGAUAUACUAAUCCCUAAUUUCACAGCUCCUACCAAGGAAAACGCAAAGUGCAGUUACUCUUGAUCAGUUUGAAGUCAAAUUAAUGUGUCGGUGGUUACGACGAAGAUACAAUUAAGUGAACAUUUAGAUCGAACAUCAGUUUCAAAUUGUUGUUAUUAUAAGUGGUCCUAUAUAGUAGAUGGGAAAUCAUCACGGACGUACCUCAAACGGCCACCGCAAGAACCACUAUAUCGUCCCCAACAGUAACUCAGCUGCUCCACCUUAUUACAAUAACCCAUCAGCACCAUCCUCUCAGUCUCAGCCCAGCAGCUCAAGUAGCAGCGACAUGGGGUUAUCUCUGCCUUAUGCUCAUGUUGACUCCAAUUUGCGUGCUCUCGCCGGCCAGGCCGAGGGCUUUGGACGCUGCGCCAUUGGUGGCCUUCACGGUCCCCUCUAUCACGUCACCACCCUCGCAGAUGACGGGCCUGGAUCACUUCGUGAUGGAUGCCGCAAAAAGGAACCUCUCUGGAUUGUUUUCGAAGUUUCAGGCACCAUAGAGCUCUCCUCAUACUUGAAUGUGUCAUCACAUAAGACCAUAGAUGGGCGGGGGCAAAAGAUUAAGCUCACUGGAAAAGGCUUGAGGCUGAAGGAAUGUGAACAUGUAAUUGUAUGCAACUUAGAUUUCGAAGGUGGUAGGGGACAUGAUGUGGAUGGUAUUCAAAUUAAACCUCAUUCGAAACAUAUAUGGAUUGACCGUUGUAGCCUACGUGAUUAUGAUGACGGUCUGAUUGAUAUCACAAGGGAAAGCACAGAUAUUACUAUCUCACGAUGCCACUUCUCUCAGCAUGACAAGACAAUGCUUAUUGGAGCAGACGCUUCUCACACUGGUGACAGAUGUAUUCGCAUUACCAUACACCACUGCUUUUUCGAUGGGACCCGACAGCGGCAUCCUCGUGUUAGAUUUGGGAAAGUACAUCUGUACAAUAAUUACACUAGAUACUGGGGAAUAUAUGCUAUAUGUGCUAGUGUAGAAUCACAGAUAUACUCGCAAUGCAAUAUAUAUGAAGCAGGACAGAAGAAGGUGGCAUUCAAAUAUUAUACUGAGAAGGCUGGCGACAAGGAAGAAGCAAGUUCUGGCUGCAUCAUAUCAGAAGGGGACUUGUUUAUCGCAGGAACCCAACCAGGCCUACUGGACGUGGCAGCCCAACAUACCACAUUUCAUCCUUCAGAAUUCUACCCUACCUGGACGGUUGAACCUCCAAGUGAUUCUCUCAAGCAAGUUCUUCAGCACUGUUCUGGAUGGCAAUCUUUACCGCUACCAGCUGAUCAGUUACCAGCUGCUAAGCAACAAUAAACCUACAGCGAUCAACCCUUAAUUGCUUCUUAAGUUCUCUUCAAAUAAACACUUCAGAAAAUAUAUAUAUCUACAGAAUAAAUCUGUCUCUGAAUUCUAUCGUAGUAGUAAAAGAGUUCUGACACCUUAGUAAGCAGCUUCAAAGCCACACUUUUUAUGUAAGUUUUUUGAGUUUAUAUUUAGGAACAUUUGCAUCCAUAUAAACCAUGUUUAUAUGUUGAUGAACUGUAAGGUAGUCGUGCUUAUUCCAAACCGUGUCUAAACAGUGAAACACUCUAUUGGAGUACAUUAUCGUUUAAACAUUGUGUAUAUAUUGAUAAUGAUAAUAAUACUACUCUCUCCAUUUUAAUCUA